UCCCGCUCGCCAGCGGCUCCGACUCCCGCCAGAAUAUACAUACCAGCAAUUUGGAACAUGAUGUCCAUCUUCCAGAAAAUAAAUUCCGUCUUUCAAGAGAUGAGAUUGGCACAGGAGGUGUUCUUUCAAGCAAGUUUCAUAAGUCCAGGGGAGUUACAUAUAUGCAGGAAGCAUACACAACUACAGUGGAACAACUGGCAGAUCUCAGUUUGUCCAAAAAUAGGAUUAGAAGAACCCAGCCUACUCCAAAUAAUAGCAAGGAAGGAAUGUUUAAUUCCUGGACAUAUACACACGAUCAAAGCAAUACUACUGUGAACAGAGACUCCAAUAAACCUCCAGUGGAAACUCUUUCCAGCUCACAGGGUAAUACUUCAAACUUCUUUGCUGUUAAUCCAACAUUGGUGGGGACCUAUAUGAACAGUUAUCACCCAGUGUCUUACCAAAGGCCUCAGCAGAUGCCAUUAGGAAUCUACUGGACAAAUGGAGAUGGGGAUUUUUUCAAUACCAGAAAUGAGAACACAGCUUCUGACUCGACUCCUACUACGGAAAGUAGUAGUGAUGACACUGUCCAUGUAUCCAAAUGGAAUUUGAUGUUGAGAAACAGUAGUGUGGAGAACAGUCUAUUAACGGAAGCAAGUGAUAAGCCUAAGACUGAAAAAGUGAAUGAUGUUUUGCUUCAUUAUUUCAAAGAUAUGGAUCUGAACUUAAGACCAGAAACUCUACAAAAUAUUGGAAAAGCUUCCUCCAAGCAUCAAAAUGAAGUGUUUCCAUACCCCGAUUUUCUCCCCCCACCUUUCAACAACCUGGAUUUACAAAAGUUGGCCAUAUCAAAAUGGGAUGACUGGAAGGUAUUCUUUAAUCCACCACCGGAAAAGUCUGUUAUGAAAUUAAUCUCUCGUCUAUUGGAAAUUGAAAGGAUGCAGCACUUAACUAUAUUAAAAGAGAAGACAAGAGACUUGACAGUAUCUCCCAGUGUGAUGCUUGGCAAUAGACCUAGUUCCACAAAAUCUAUGCAUCACUUGAAGCAGUCAAGAUUGUCUGACCCUUCAUGUCUCCAAACAGCUUUUAAUGGAGAAUAUCAAGAGAAAAAUAAAUCUAGCUAUUCUGGCUGCUGCAUGCAUGAGUGUAACAGCUCAAAAUGGGAGCAGUGUCAAAAUUGCAAAUGGAGUGCUAGGUCAUCCUCUAUUAAAAGUUCAUUCACAAAGCAUCUUAGAGCAUCUUGUGAUGCCUUUAAAAGCUCUAAAGCCCCCAUCAUUUUAAACUCUAGCAACAUGCUCUUGCGAAGGUCUUCCUCAUGCUGUGUGGCGGCACCAAGAAUUCAAUCAACUGUUAAAUUGACUUCCCAAAAGAUACUGCCACCAGGUAUUGCUGUAACCAGUCUUUACCCUGAUAAGGACAAUUCAAAAUAUAAACAGCCAAGGACCAAAAAGAAACUCUACAGAAAAAAUGUAGUAACGAGUAAGCUAAAAUCUGUAUCUACCAUGCCAAAGCAGAAAUAUACUGACACUGACAAAUAGUAAUUUCUUGAAUUCAUACUUCUCAUUAUGAGUGAGUCUUGCUUAGCAAUCUUGUUUUAGCUUGAUUUUUGUCAAGAUAAAGUAUUUUUAAUGGUACGAGACAGAAGUAAUAUGAAAUAAUAUUUGUGACAAUUGAAUCCACUUGGCAGCAGGCAGAGGGAUAAAACGGAUUUUUCUACAUUUUACAAAUGCUUUGCGUAACUUUUGAAAUAACUGAAUAUAAGCAUACCAGCAGAUCAUUCCAGAGUGUUUCACAUUAACAGAAGUAGUAUCGAUAUAGUAACAUUGAGGUAGCGUCCAGAAGAUCCCAUUCAGCAUCAGUGCUUCCCCAUGUACUAGGUGCUGUUUCACUACAUGAUACGGUGUCGGCCAUGAACAGUUCACAUUCUAAGUGCAAUAUAAAAGGUGGGAAGAGAACUACAAUUUCUACACGUCAUUUUUUCUGAUACAUAGAUUAAGGGUCAGUGGCCUGAUUAUAUACAUGGGAAAAUAGUGAAACAAGAUAAAUGUGUAUUUCUUGCGAUAUGAAAUUACUCUUUCCUCAAAAAGGAAAUUAAAUGGAACAGCUGCUAAAUUGAUGACAUUUUGCUGUACAUACAUAGAAAUUGGGAAAUUCAGAUUUAUGGUUCUGAUUGCAACCAUAGUUGUCUUUGUGUAUGUUGGCCAUGUUAUUUUACACAUGCGCACACACACACCCCCCUAUUGACACCUAUUAUGAGCUUCACCACCCUCUUUGAGGAUACACAUUACUACAUACCAUCAGGUACCUGGGCACUAGAUCUAUGUUAUCUGAUUCCCCAAUGGAGCAGACUGGAAAUUAUGUAGUUCCAUUUAAUUCAAGUCAGUACACUAUUCCCAAUGUUACUUGUUCAGCUAUUAAAUUUGUUUUUAUACUGCCCUAUCUUCAGCAGUCUCUUGGUUUGACAAGUAAUUGAGCUGUAAAGGUUGUCAGAGGUAAACUAGAGGCUUUUGGCACAUGAAAAGGUGGAGGGAUUACCAUAUUAGCUAAAUAUUUUUGCUAAAAUGAUCAGCAGUGAAAUAGUUGACAUUUCAAAUAGUUUUAGGUUUCAGGGUUACCAGUCCUUAGCACAGUUCACCAUUAUUCAUGGAUAAUUUUCUCAAUACAAGCUAGAAAUAAUUGUUUUGAAACCCCAAAAAUGUUAACUACUGGACUUUGUAUAUAAUAAGGGCUGAUAUUACAUACAAUACAAUGUAGCAUGGCCUGUAAUUCAACACAUGCCUCCAACUGCUUCUCAUCAGAGAAACUUGCAUAAAAUUAUUUCUCAACAGUUCGGAGUUUAAAGUAAAUAAUAGUACAGGAGGGGAAGGAAGGUGGUGAUUGCCAUUUAACACCCUGAUUUCAGUUGGUUAUCACUUUUUGACUUUCAUUUUGGAGCUGAAAGAGAAAGGGGCCAUAGCACAAGCUGUCAGUAGAUGCACUGAGUUGGAGUAAUCUCUGCUGGCAGAGCUCUAAUGGAACUUGGGGAGAAACUAAAGCUUCUUCCUUCCACCCCUUGACCCCAUACAAAUUCAAAGAGUGUUAUCAAGGGAGACUAGCUUGAGCGUGCCUGGCUUACGAUCUUAACCAAUUCUUGUUCUGAAAAGAAUUAUUGGGAGCAAUUGGGACAUCUCCUCCCCCAAACGCACACUGAUUGCUAGAACUCAUAGUGAUUACAAGGCUCUCACAACCCACUCCCACUGGUGGCUUGAGCAGGAUAUUUAAGAUGCCAGUAUUCAAGAACUUGAGGGCUUUUCAGCCAUCAACAACUUUAACAUCCAUUCUUGCAUCACAAACUGAUUAAGACCUACUCAGGCAGGCUGAAAAGACCUUUCCAAAGUGAUUAGCAUUCACUGAAGUUACAGUUAUAAGCUUUAAAGAAAAGAUUUUUCCUCAAACUGCACCUUGGAAUCAAAUAGGUCUGUUUUCUAAGAUCUACAGAGGUGUCAUGUUCAUGCUAGCAAUACAAUUAAAAAUCCCAAGUACAGAUAAAUCCAUUUGGAAGGUCACUUUGUGUGAUUUCCUGCCUUGGUAAAACCCUUGCAGUACAGCUUGUCUCAAAACAGUUUUGUUUAAUGAACACUUUAAAUGGGAAGUUUCCUAAAAAUAUUUUGGAGCCUGAUCUUAAUCAAGCACCUGCAACUUGCAGGCAGUGGCUGCACUGGCAAAAAGGGACGCAUAAUAUGCUGACAGUGCAGAACCACUAGAAGAAACUAUAUUAGAGAAAGCUUUCAGAUCUCUUUCACCAUGCUACUUAACUAACCCAGCAGUGAUUUUUGAAGUUCAAAAACAAGACCAAUGAUGGAUGGAAAGCCAGAGUGCACUUGGUCAGCUCAGCUGAUUCCCAUAUCAUUUGGAAUUUCCUGAGGUCCCACUUCAAGGAAACAUCCUUAGUAAAGGACAGCAUAUGAGUUUAAGAAGCAAUCAAGACUAUAUGUGCUUAAAUGUUAUCAUAGAUAGCAGUAGUGUUAUCACAUGCUUAAGAGCUCUCAUGAAUUGGGGCACUAAAAUUUAGAACCUCCAAAUGUCCCUAAACCUUCUAUUUUCCAUACUUUCCACAUUGGAUUUCUCAAAGCAGCUAUAGACCUACGUUUAUGACCAAUUGCAUCCUGAAUCAGAGUUUUGGAUUGCUUUGGGCUAAUGGAAACAUCUCCUGAACUCAAAGCUGAAACCCAAAAUCCAGCCUCUACACAAAAAAUUGCACUUGUAUUGCUCAUGAUGAGCAGCUCACUGCUCCAGGAAGUAGUUUAUUAUUACACUGUAGAAAAAUAUACUUCAUAUUUAGGCACAACCUGCAUUUGUUACAUUUUAAAAAUGUAUUAGUUCAGGUCUUGUAAGCCACAAGUGGUAAGUAAUAUAUCUCACAGAUCAAGGUUGUGAACCAGAACUCAUUUACAUUUUCUCCUGCUAAAUCUAAAAAUUUUGUAAUAAAUAUUUACCCCAGAGGUUUUCAAAUUACAUUUUUUAACCAUUUUUCAGGAUAAAUGUUCUAUGAUUUGAAGUAUUUGCAUAAUUGCAUUUUAUUUAUAAGCUCUUGAAAAUGCAGCCAUAAAUUUUAAAUAAACUUGACAUGUUUUUCUGAACAAAUGCUGCGAGCAGUGACAGCUGGCUUGAUGAAUAACACAGUCAUCACAGAACUCACUUAACCAUGAUUGGGUUAUCAGUGACUAAGAUUAGAAUCAGCAUUUUUGAAAGGUGAGAAGCUAUUAACCAGCUAAAUAUAAAACUAUUUAAAUUCAGGUAAGCCAAAAUUCACCCCAAACACAAGAUAUACCCUUUUUGUUAUGUUCCAUUUAAAACCAUUGGCUAAGGCCAAUUUGGUUUAUAUUUUGCAACAUUUUCAUUAAUACCUACAUAUGAAAGGGCAUAUCGCUCACAACUGCACAUCAUUUAAUAAAAAUGAAUCACAGUAUGAAGUUGGAAAGUUUUCAGAUUGAGGGGUUUUUAAAAUAGUUUAUAAAUGGUUUGUAAAAUAAAUUAUGAAAAAUAUGAAUAUAUAAUAUACUAAUGUCAGAAUUAUUCUAACAAGUGCAUAACUAUGUGCCUGGGGGGGGAGGGGAGGGGAGAGAAGCAUUUAUAUUCACUGUCCAAAGCAUACAACAAGAGAUGAAAAAAAUCUCAUGUUAGUUGCUAUAAGUUAUGGGUAUGGAUAGUUUUACACUUCAGAGUUUAAAAAAAAUCACUAAUAAAAAUUAGACUAAUUUACAAUCUGGUAAAUGAGUACUUCAUUUUAAAAGCGGACAUAAAAAACCCAAGACACAUGAAUUUGGGCUAUUUUUGUCCUUUCUGACGUACAGAAGGCAGCUUGACAGGAAUUCUUUUUGCUUCUCCAUCCCCUUUAAAAAAAAGAGGGGGGGGGGGACAUCAAGAACACAACAUCUGCUUUGAUUUGUUUUCCUUUAGGUCUCCCUUGAAAGACUAUGAUGUGGAUUGGAAGCUCUCUGUCCUUCACUGAAGGUCUAAAUUGAACCAUUAGCCAAAGAAAUUUUUUUUUCUGAUUGUCAAGUGUUUGAGUUAAAUAGGGAUUAUCAAAAGUGAACGUAACACUAAAGUUUUAGGUUUUAAACAGGCUUAAUAAAAAAUUAUUUCUCUCCAAAUUACACUUGUUUGGUUAAUAUGAAUCUGCUGGUUGUUCAGUUGUUAAUAGUCUUUCCCAGGAAAGACCUGUAAUUUAAGUAGCAGGUUUGGGUUUGUUUUUUUAAAAUUUUUGGCCUUCCUAUAGCCUGAAGGAGCAGAAAUGCAAUUUUUCUUUUCACUCUCAGAUCUUUUUUCAAUACACACAUAUGCUGACAGGAAAUUAUAGCCAUUAUUUCAAAUGUUAGUGUGUGCAUUGUCUUGUUGAGUAUUCCCUACAAUUCCUCAGUAGUCAAUUUUAUUAUUCAUUAAUAUACCUUUUAAUUGUUCCUGUGUAUCUGUGAAAUGACAAUUUUUAGAACAAUGAUUAAAAUAAACCUGGACUAAAUGGGUCAAUAUAGGUUAAUAGGCAAGGUCUGAAAUUGAAGCCUUUUGAUUGAUAUAUUCUGUAGGAGACUGUCCUCAUUAUGUUGAUUGGACUUGUCCACAUGUGACAAUGUAAACAUCACACUGAAAGAUAUAAAAUAAAUCCAAACUGAUCCAGAUAUAAUUGGAACAUCUGACCCAUUGUCUUUUCAAAACUAGUGAUAAUUUAAAACUGUGCCGUUAUAUACAGAGGAGGAUGACAGCUAUGAAUGACGUGUCUACAGCAGGUUAAUUGAUAGUGUGUGGCUAGUUUUUCAGACUUGCAUACACUACUGCUGAUAAAUGAUAUGCCAAUGCACAGACAAGUACAACACCACACCAGUAAAUAUGGCUGCCUUUUGUUAAUUGUCCCAAACUCAGUAAAAUGGACUUGGCCAAAAAAGGAUUAAAAAGGGUGACAAAGAAAGAAAACAGAUAUGCUGUCAACUAUCAAUACUGGAGAAUUUUUCAAAACAAAAUCACUACUUAGGAGUAGUUACCAUUUAACUACACUCUUACUGCAUUCCUCAUCUAUCAGCUUGGUUUUGAACUAAAAUAUGCCAUGAAAUCUUGAUUCUGCGUAGUGUAAAUCCUCUUCACAUUAAUUUCUAACACUGACAAAAUAAUUGGUAGUCUGCCCUGGACAUGACUUUUGAGACAACUGUAAAUGCCAUCUUUCCUCCUUCAGAAGUCUGAACCAUAAUUUACCUUUAUAGAGUCAUCCCGGCAAUUUAAAACGAAUUCAGGUUAUGGUGCUACAUACAACUGCUUUGGCCAGGAUCAUGGCUACCAUUAAAUUGGAUCGAGCCAUUUGAUUAUUUCCAAUGGUGGGUUUUUUAUUUUAACAAAAAUACUUUGUUGGUUAACAAAGACAUUUGAAAUCUCUUAUUGGGGAGAAAAGCAGGGCAAGAAUAGUCAGUGUCAUAAGGAGAGAAAGAAGUAGCUAGUAAUAUGGGUAUCUUACAUUACAUUCAGCAUUAUUUGUAUGUUGUCUAGCUAUUAAGGACUGGAUCCAGAAAAUAUGCAUGCAGUUUUUCACAACUGUAGCCCCACUGAAUUAAAAUGGGCCAAUUGACAUGCAAAUAAUUUCAAGAAUUGGGACCUUAGAAACUCUUCUAAGCAGGAACUGUGUUUCUUUGUGUACACUUAUUAAAGGAAUUGUGGGUGCUACUGCUGCAAUAGAAGUACUGGUUCACUCUCUACUCCAAAGGAACGUCUCAGCUAUAGAGUAUAUCGGUAUUCAUGUCUUAACUACAUGAAACACUCAACAAUUUAAUGGAAGAGAAAAAAUCUGUGAGUGGAAACAAAUGACACUGUUCUUUUUCAGUUGCACCUUUGUGUUGUGUGCAAUAGUUUCCUUCUAAAGAAAAGUCAAGACAGUGCUUGAGAAAUCUCAAAGAGUGCAUGUUUUGGUUGCAGUAGGUUAGAUUUCUCAGCCAUUUUUUUCCUUCCAUCUUUUAAGUUUUUAGUUUAAGACAAUGCUCACUGGGUCUUGAAUAUUUGGGUGCCAGGAACUACAAAGAAACAGGAAACCCCAGUGUUCUAAGGAAGAGCAUCUAUCAUUGCUAUGAACCCCACAUAGAAUAUUUUUUAAUUGAUAACCUUGUUUGAUGGCAGGGAAAGACUAGAAUUUAGCAGUUAAGAGGGAAACGUUUAAACAGGGGAGUUGAAGAGUUCAUCUUAGAAGCAAAUUUGCAUGACACUGUGGUUAAGUACCUUUGGGUUUUGACCAUUUUUUUUUGUUUUUUGUGUUUUGAGGUCUAUAUUAAUUCUUGCCUGUGUGAUAUGCUCCUGGCAGAUAUACACAAUUUUAUUAUUUAGUUUGGUUUUUCUGUAGUGUUACAGUCUUGUUUUUCCUUUAUGUAACCUGUAAAUAUUGUUAUAAAUAAACCCUUUAUUCUAUUUAUGAUGAUGUCUUGGUUGCUGCUUUUAGGGAAAGUGGCUAUUUGUUGCUGGUAAGAUCUUCCUUGAAGGCAUACUAACUCUAAUAAUAUAAAAAAGAAAGCUAAGUAAUGCAAGAGUACCCUCCAGUUAACAGAUUCUGGUACCAGUAGGUUAUGCAACAAAUAUUCUUCUCUGCAUUAAACCAGAACUUUCAAAUUUUAUAAACUGACUAUUUAGAAAAACACUAUAAUUGCAGGAAGUAUCACAAAAAUAAAAUUUCCAAAUAUCUACAUUUUUUUGAAUGCACCUAAAAAAUCUGUUGAUUCCUCUUGAAAAGGGAAUCAUGCAAAUGGGCUGGUGGGACUCAGGACAUACAAUUUGUACAGCAGAAGAUUUUUCUGCGUACAGAUGAAGUAGGCAAACCAGAUACACCAUAAAUCAGUUAUCAGCAUAAAACACCUGCUCUUGCUGGGGGCCAUAGAAUUGUGGCCCGACAUAGGUGGGGCUAGGGCACUUGCAUCUCCCUGAUCACCUCUGUCAGUGAGGGUUAAAAUUAAAGUCUCAGAAUAAAAAGAUGGCCCCUGCCCUAAAGUUAUUACAAUCUUAGUAGGAGAUCAGACACAACCAACCAGUGCUUUUUUUGUGAUGGUACUGCCUGGUAUACAGUACUAGCACCUCCAAUCAGAGCUCAACAACUUUUCCCCUGCAGUACGAGCACUUUUUUUUUUUAAACAAAAAAAGCACUGGAGACAUGAAGAUUUUUGUAGGAAUCUCAGUAAAGGAGAGUUUAAAGAGGGUGAGUUAGGCUGCAGGUGUUUCUGGAGAACUUCUCCCAAGCAUGAGGGGCAGCAUGGGACAAAGCAAACUGCUUGAAAACAGAGACUGGCAUCACAGACUGAUCAGAGGUGGGAGUCAGCACUUCAAAUGUCAAGACUGGAAUUCUGAAGUUCAAGGCCCUUCAGAGACAACGCCCUGCCAGCAGCUCUCACCUCUUUUAAACAAAGAGGCUUCAACUCAAUUACUUCUAGUUAAAACUGUAGCAUUGUUAUCACCUUGGGAGAGAGAUGGUCUCAAGUAGGCAGCUCCACGCUUUUAGAAACUGACAGGUCAAUACAGUACCAAGACCUUAAAUUUCACUCAGCAGUUAACAGGAAGCCUGUACAGAGCAUCAAAUUUCACAUGCUCACAAAUGAAAAACUCCAAUUAACAAGUAAGCCACCACACUCUGCUUUAUUUUUAAGCUGAUUUAUGGUGCUGUCUAUCUAGACUGCAUUGCUAUUGUGUCACUUUAAGGUUUCAAGGUGACAUGGUGAAGGAGGUCUGCACCCAAACGAAUCUGAACUUCUUGUCUAGAUGAAGACAUCCAGCUAUCCUGGCCACUGCUGCUAUGUUGAUUUAAAAAAAACAAACAAAAAACUAGUGAAUCAACAAUACAUCCAGAAACAAAUGGUACACACAACCCCUCAAUUAAAGAGGCAACAUAAUUCUCUCCAUUUCAUCAGACUGCUUUUCCCAUUCUACCAACUUCACACUCUUACCCUGAUUAAGCUAUAUCCAUCUAUCUUGGACACUAACAUGGCCCAAUUAGUAUAACACUCUUUGGAAUGUAUUUAUCCUCACAAAACCUUGUACACUAUUACCCCAUUUUACAGAUAGGGAACUGAGGCACAAAGAUUCUUGCCGAAGGUCACAAAGGAAGUUUGUGAUGGUGCAGGGAAUUGAACCCUUCUGGUAUCUCAGUGAUUGAUGCUGGCCUAAACUCAAAACAGAGAAAAUGGAAUCUGAAGAACAACAUUGGCCUGGUGUAGUGGAUGCAAAUAUUUGAAGUAAGUAUUAAAAGCUUUGCCCAUCAAAUUUAUAAACUAAACAAAAGUAAAAAACACAAGAUGCAAAUUAGUUCCAAGACUUUAUUUUAUUAACUUGAAGCAAGUGCCACUUUGAACAUUUGCUGCCAUCACUGUAAGUUACAGUUGGAGACUUAUUACACUGUAGAAGAUUAAGUUAUAUUCUCCAGUAUUCUCACAGAAUGAUCAGUCUCCUGUGCAUGGAUCAAUAUAUUCAAAGGUUCUUCAGAGGUUUAUUGCCACUUACCCUACACAUGGAGGAAAAACAUUAUUAAAAAUGUAUGAUUCACAAUCAAAAUUCAUUUAACAAUGGUUUUCAAUUAUGUCAACCUAUAUGUAUACACCUAAGCAACAUACAUAAAUACAAUAAAAGGCAUUUGUAGUACACAUUUUCAGUAAUCUGACUCAGCACUGAAGCAGCAGUGCAUUUAAUUCUUGUCUAGGAGUCCAGAUUCAAAAGUACUUUUAGUUUGUUUAUUUUCAGUGACCAUAAAACAUAGAUCAUGGGUUAAAUGCUUAGGUUCAACCAAGCUUCACUUCGCACAGAACUUGGUGUGGAGGCAACAAAAAUAGCUGUACACCAGCCUCAUCCAAAAGCCCCUGUGCAAGUUAAAGCAGUUUCAGAGAUUCUUCUAACUUGUAAUAGUUUGUAACAGUUGGGAACCAGCACAGUGUAGCACCAUUCCAGUCAGACAUCCAAUUCUCCCCUAUCCCAAGGGUUAAGAGGAAUAGGGGUGGCAAAUAGGUGGCUAUGUGUCUCUAUAUUACACAGGAAUCAUCUGUGAUGGGUAGGGGAGGGCAUUUAGCUGGCUGUUCAAACCGGAAUUACAAUUCCUUUGUUCUGCCAGAAAAAUACAAAGAGUGCUAGAAGAGAGUAUAGGGUCAAAGACCAGGAUCCACUUGUUUUUCAACAAUUUCUCAUAAUAAAUUUUCCCCAUUAUAAUGUUUGCUUUGCUGGCUGAAAGUAACUAAGAGACUAUUAGCAUAUAUAAUGCAUGUACUACAAUAAAACCUGGGAACAAAAUUUUGUAUCCUCUGAUAGUAAAAUCUUAAAUACAACAGUGAUGCUAAUAUAACUAUUUAAAUAUUAGGAUGGAGACACGUGUGUGUAUGCGCGCGCGCACGCGGAUACACACACACACAUUUAUUUCCAUUUAAUGUUGUUGACUCCUUCUUAAAGAAAAAAUACCACACUAAAAAUUUAUCUGAUAAGAAAAAAGCAAACAGAUACAGUAUUGUGUAUCUUUCUACAUUUGAUCACAACAAAAUCACAGACCAGAAAUGAAAUAAGCACGUCUUACAUAUAAAUACCAGCACAACAGGACUAUUCUUAGAAUUACCAAUAAUGCAAUAGUGCUAAUGAAACCUAGGUCUGAAUGCUGUAAACAGAAAGAUUAGACAGAUAACAUGAAAAAUAUUUUAUGUCUUUUAUGGGACAGAAACCUUUGUUCAUGUCUUCUGGUGGUCAUCAUCUUCUUUUGAGCUGCACCUACAACACAAAGAACAAGUAAACGAGCAACUUUAUGCUUCUUUAGUAUAGUUCUUAAAAGCUCUGUAGGUAUAAGGUGCAUUGUUUCUAUUGGAGUUGACAACUCAUUUCACUAUUCUUAAAUAGGGAGACAAAAUAAUGGUCAAAAUCAACAGAAACAAUAAGAUUUCACUACAUCUGCAUAAAAUUGCCACCGGAAGUGCUGGAUAGGUCUAUAGGCAUCACCAAAACAGUGCAAAUUACUUUGUGUGGAAUUAACAAACAAGUAUCUAGUUCUUCAUCUCAAGUAAGAGAGAAAUCUGCAUUCUAUUUCCUGUAUGAACAAGAAACUUGGUAUAUUGAAGUAGGAACAGAUUUACUUUUCAUUAAAAUGAAAAUAAAAACUUAGAAAAGACAGGUUGAAGGUUCAAAAUAGGCAUGUAACAUCACCCAUCACCUGCCUGCUUCGUAGUUCAUUACAUCUCCUUGGUGGGGAACACCCCACCAGCAGAAUGACUGCUUAGUCUCAUUUUCUAUCCUUGAUUGCACUAUAUGUGCAUGUUUGUUGCAAUUAUGUGCCUAGAUGGAUAAAGAAAUCCUAUUACAAUUUUUGAAGAGUUUAAAAAAACCUAAACCCUGGCUUUUUUAUACAUUUUAUGCAAAUAAUAAAUGGAAAUAGAAGAUGCAUUUAUAUGAUCUCAAACUAUAUAUAAAACAUAAGUAUGAAUUGGAAAGUUUUAAUCUGGAUUCUUCUUGUUGCAUACCUAACUCAAAUGUUUCAAACUAUUUUUUAACUUGUUGCUAAAUGUUUAUCUACACAUGCUGUCAGAAAUAACCUUGUUAGGAAGGUGAAGUUGGUGUCUCAUCAAAUCAGACCCAUGGAGUAGGCGUUGAGUGGCCUGUGCCUCGCUUUCCUUUCUCUCUUUCAGCACCAUCAAAAGGAAAAGUGAGAAAAACAGCAUAAACAUUAGUUAAAGCCUGAAUUCAAUCAAAUAUCCUACAGGAAUAAUUUCAUAACAAUGAAAGCAGAUAGACAGUAUCUGUAGGUUUUUGGUUAGUUUUCUUUCUUUUCUUUUCUUUUCUUUUUUUUUUACAAUGAUGAUAAUUAGAGAUCUACUUAAUGUAGUCUAAUAUUGCCUUCCAAAGAUCAUCAUAAUCCCUUUAAUUAAAGGGUUAACAGAAAAAUGAAGGUUUUCUUCUUAUGUAUUACCUGAUUUACCAGCACUGAAGACAAAAAUAUUUUAAAAAUGGCUACAAAUGCCUUGUUCACAAAAGACUUUAUUAUCUAAUGAUGCAUACUGAAAACAUACAGAAAUCUGCAUGGUCCACUUUACAUGCAGCAGAACAAUCUUCACUUUACAAUAAGUGAGUGUCAACUGUUUUAUGCAAGAGACAACACUGUCACAUUUCUUAAAGAAAAGCUUCAUUUACAAAAGAAAUAAAAGGUAAAGAAGCAAUUACCGCUUUUAAAAAGCAGCUGCUUUGUUCAAGAGUGGAAGGUUUAUGCCUGUAUUGAAAGACAACAUGAUCACAAAUAAUGAAAACAAUGAACAAAUGAAACACUUUUAGCAUAAAGCAGUACACUUUCAAAAUGACAUACAAAUAGUUAAAAAUUGCAUUAUGUUGUCUAUCUAUCCUUUAGAUAUAAGGUCUUUCAGAAUCAGAUCUCAACAUAUGUAAUUAGUAAAUGAAAACUCUUCUGUAAGUACUGGUUCUAUGUCAUAGUGAACUAUAUUUAACAAAAUGUAUACAAAGUCUAUAGCAAGUUGAUUAAAAAAUUAAAGUAAUAAGAACAGUACACUGAAGGCGCUCUAUCCAUCAAGUGCGCUUUCUCCAAAUUUUAAAUGUGAUGAACAGAACAUAAGUUGUAACUAUGCCACAGUUGCAAUGCCAGAAAAUAAAACAACAUCAGUUAUCAAACAUGCAGGGAAUUCUGCCAUAAAGCUAUUGUCUCUCAUUUGUCAGUUGUUCCAAUAAAAUAACAUCUUAAACACCGGUGACGUUGAUGGUUUAGCUUACCUUCAGUGUACUGAAAGUUGUACACAACCUGCUUUAAAAGAGGAGACCAUCCCUGCAGGCAGGCUCAAGAAGGAACAGAUUCCCUUCGGCACUGACUACACCAAGGGCAUGCUGCUGUGGCCUGCACACACACACCUAGGAAAACGUGAAUAUAAACAGCAUUUAUGCUGGCCAUUUUUUAAAGACAAAAAUGAAGCCAAGUCUGCUAAAAACAAAUCGACCACCCAGUAUUACUGUUCUUUUAUAACAAGCUUUUUUUUUAUAAUAUGUGAACUGCAACCAUAUACAUUAGCAUUGUACUUUUGUGCAGUCUUGGCAAUUAAAA